CAUUUUACUCUCCAUAUUUUCAAAGUAUUAAUCUCACAUUUUUGUCAAAAAUAACACAAAUAUGAGGCCACUUCUACUUUUGACAAUUGUCAUCCCACUUCUCGGGAUUGUCAACGCAGCCAUCACAGCGACAGAUCCGGCCUCCGAGUUGCAACUUUUAAAUCAUGUCAUGCUUCCAUUCGUUGGCGAAGAUCUUAGAGCAUUUCUCAACCCACCGGAAAACUUUAGCCCAUCCGACAAUCCGGACGAUGUCUAUUUCUUCCUCUACAAUAACCCAAUGGCGAUCAACCAAUUCGAAAAAAUCGAGUUUUACGAUCGUGCUUCCAUCCAAAGUCUCCAUUGGUACAAGGAUGCUCCAGUUAAAAUUCUAAUCCAUGGUUUCACCCAGUCUCAGAAUUCGUCCAUGCCAGCGAUGAUUAAGAACGCUUAUCUCGAACGCAUGAGACAAACGGAUGAGAAGUUUAACAUCAUUUGUGUGGAUUGGGGAAGACUCGCCGGCAGUUUGAAAUCCACAAUUUUACCGAUUUACACCCGAGCCACGAGAAACGUGGAGCCUGCGGGAAAACGAGUGGGCGAAUUAAUCGCCAGACUUGUAGAGUUGGGCAUCGUCACGCCCGAAAAGGUCCACGUCAUCGGUUUCUCCCUUGGCGCCCAUGUCGCCGGAAUGGCUGGGUCCACCGUGCAAAGCUUAACGGGCCAAUCGAUUGGGAGGUUGACGGGCCUGGACCCUGCCGGACCCCUGUUUUACGCCGACAUUCCCAACCUCACGGGUCGCACCUUGGUCAAAGAGGACGCCCACUUCGUCGACAUCAUCCACACGAGUUGGGGGUCCUACGGAAUCGCCAAGAAAAUUGGAGAUGCCGAUUUUUACCCGAAUUUUGGCGUACUCCCCAUCCAAACGCAGCCCUAUUGCUUGGUCGCUAUUGCGAAUCAGAGACCACUUCAGGUCUGCAGUCACAACAUGGCCCCCGUAUUUUACUCCAUGUCCAUCCUUCGUGACCUGAACGCUUGCCAGUGUAAGAGUUUUCUUGAAUAUAAAACGUUCUGUCGCCGUGUGUGUUAUCAACCUGCGACGUUUGGCGAGGAUUGGGAAACCACCAACACGGGAGAUUACUAUAUCUUCAUCCCUAGCCGACUCUUUUAUGAACAAGAAGAGCAGCAGCAGCAGCCAAUGCUACGAGGAUCAUACGACAACACCAAGAUGGACAUCAUCAACGCCAUGCCCGAAGUAGAAGAAGAGGAAGAAGAACACAACGAGCUGAUGAGAGAAUCAAACUCUAAGCAGAUGAACGUAAAGUCAUCGGGACGUUUGAUCGGCAUGCAGGUGACGCCAAUCAAUCUGGACGAAGUCGUCAUUCUCAACAACAUGCGCAACAGUCAAGACGGGUAUUUGUUUUGGAGUGGACUAAUUGUUCCGAAUCAAGCAACGACGAUUUUAGUCCCGGAAAUUUUGAGGGAAAAAUUUAUGACGGAAACGAGCAAAAUCACGAGUAGAAUUGUUCAUUUUGAUCCGGUCGACAUGCAAGUUUCUGAGAAGGCAACUAUCAUCAGGACCAAUCGUGUUCGAGCUGUGGAGAGUUUAGCCACAAAUUUGUCCACCCCUCUGACGCCGACGGCUCAGAGAAGACUCCCACAAAUUUUUACGACUGCCUCAUUUCCGGAAAAACGAUACACGUUCGUCAUCAUUUACAACACGUUGGGAGAAACGUUCAGGCUUCAGCAAACGACUUGCUCGACUGGAAUCUGGUCACGGGACUAUCUCCCCGAAAGUGAAAUCAAGCCUCAUUCCACCACCAUUUACAGAGUGGAAAGCCAAGGAUUUCUCACCGGAGUGACGGAUUGCAUCGCCCACUAUGGAACGAUGGAUGGGAUGACCUCCUUCAGGUUGUCGACCUCCACGCCGUUCACGGGGACGAAUCAGGCUCGCGGUGUCACUUCAGAUGACAGUUUCCAAAUCAGAAGCUCCGUCGGAAGGCUGCACAACAACAUGGCGAGAUUUGUGAUCUACUAAAGCGUCAAAAUCUUUUAAUUCUUCCAAAAGACAAAAUUAAAGUGCAUUUUACGAUUUGUUUUAUAUUCAUGACUUAUCCAAAUUUAGAAAAAUACAAGUCUCAUUCGAAUAUCAAAA